UGAAUCGGAAGUUCUCGGCUGCAGUUGCGUGGAAAUGGGCACCGGUGGGCGGUAUGGGCUACGGCCAGGCAAGGGCAACGCAGAAGGGGUGGUCGCGGGCAAGGGGAACACCGAUGGGGUUGCAGCUACUCCCACUCCCACUGCUGCCUCGGCCUCCUGCCAGUACAGGUGCAUCGAAUGCAACCAAGAGGCCAAGGAGUUGUACCGAGACUAUAACCACGGAGUGCUGAAGAUAACCAUCUGCAAAUCCUGCCAGAAACCUGUAGACAAAUAUAUCGAGUAUGAUCCUGUUAUCAUCUUGAUUAAUGCUAUUUUAUGCAAAGCCCAGGCCUACAGACAUAUUCUUUUCAAUACUAAAAUAAACAUGCACGGGAAACUCUGCAUAUUUUGUUUGCUUUGCGAAGCAUACCUGAGAUGGUGGCAGCUUCAAGAUUCAAACCAGAACACCGAUCCCGACGACUUCAUCAGAUAUGCCAAGGAGUGGGAUUUCUACAGAAUGUUCGCAAUUGCUUCUCUAGAACAAGCUGCCUUUUUUACUGGCAUCUUUACUUUCCUAUGGGUAGAACGACCGAUGACAGCGAAAAAAAAACCCGACUUCAUUUUGCUGCUGAAAGCAUUAUUGUUGUCGAGCUACGGAAAACUCUUGCUGAUUCCAGCUGUCAUUUGGGAGCACGACUACACAUCCCUGUGCCUCAGACUCAUCAAAGUAUUUGUCCUUACAUCCAAUUUUCAGGCAAUCAGAGUGACCCUGAAUAUCAGCCGAAAGCUCUCCUUUCUGGCCAUCUUUAGUGGCUUACUGGUGGAAAGCACCAUGGUCUACUUCUUCCAGAGGAUGGAAUGGGACGUGGGAAGUGAUUGUACCAUCUAUAAAUCUCAAGACUUUUGAAGAGGGUACAGAAGCCUCUUAGCAUUCACACACGCAGACGGGCGUCCUUCUCAAAUGAGACCAAUGCCAUCGCAGAAUCCGUAGAUGCCCUUACGUGACCCAGCCCCUAACUGCCUCUGGGUCACCUCGGCCGGUCACCUCGGGGCCCCCCCCCGAGGACUUCAGUGCACAUCUCUCUGGGUCCUUCACUUCAGGUCAAGGACAUCCACAUCCGUGCUUUGCUGCUUCCUGGGGCCCUAUUCUCCGCCUCUCUGACACCGGCACGCCAUGUCGCUUGUAGCGGGACCUGACUCUGAAAUCUGCCCCAUUGGCCGCUGUCCCCCCCACCCCGCCCCAGUCCCUCGUCCUCCCUUCCACGGGCCCUGCUGUGGGCUGCCUCUUCACCUUCCCUCGACCUCCACUUCUGACCGGCCUUGCUUUGCUGUUUACCCACCUGCAAAUGUAGGCAGCUGCCGACUCAUCCCCAUUAGUCCCCGAACCCAUCAGCCCCUUGCCUUUCUGCCGGCCGCGCCUCAUUCGAGCCGUUGGGGUGACUCCGCGGCCGUCUUCCCCACGAGGCCAGCGCUGCGCGUGUACAGAGCCUCAGCUGGACCUCCGUGAUGCCCCUCUGCCUUCGUGGUCACCUCCAGUGAACCUCCCCCACGCUCCUGCCUCCCGAGUGUGCCCUCCCGUUGCUGAGAGUCGAGCUGGUUACGCUAUUGCUGGAGCUUUGUUCCUUCUUCAGCUCAAAACUCGUUUGGUCGCCUGCCUUCUUCCCUCCUUCCCUCCCUCUGGUCCUGGACCCGUGCUCGUCUUCCUCUCUGGGCUGUUUGCUCCCUGGAAGCGUCUUCCUCUCCUCCCCCCCCCCCCCCCCCCCCCCAGGUCACAGUCAGUCUCCCGGCCCACAGCCUGACCCUCCCUGCAGCCUGUGCUGGCCGCGGGGGGCCUGGAGCAGACCCAGAGGCCGGUUUGGGGGUGGGGGUGCAGACGGCGAGGGAAGCACAAAAGUGGCGGGAGAGCACCCCAGGUCCGAACCUUCUCCGCUGCGGAAAGGCCAUCCUCCCUCCUGUGGCCUCAGUCUCCCCUCAUGCUCAGCCAAUGCUCUUCCUUUUCAGGUCUUCAGACACAGCUCUUUUCAUUGUCCUCUCCCGUGCCCUGGCUCCUUCCCCUCUGCAAACUGUACCCGCACAGCUGUCUGUUCUAGAACAACUGGUCAAGCCUGCUUCUUCACCGCCUUUCCUCUUUGUAGGACAUACUUUCUCCCAUAGUCUCCUGACUCUGCCCUCCUAAAAAUCAGAGGGAAGCCAGUUGCCAGGUCUUUGUCAGACUCCUCCUUCAGCUCUGCUCUGGAAGCUCACCCAGAGCGCCUCCUUCUGAGACCUGCCGCCAGUUCCGUCGGUCUUUUGUUCACCAACUUCCCAGCCCCGGGACUCUGACCUCAGCUUCUCUCCUCUCUCUUGCCGUUCACGUUCAGCUCCCAGGACGUAGGCCUCCCAGACCCAGCACCUCCAGCUUGCCCCUCUGCCCGCUCUCUCUGCCCGUCCACUGCCUCCCAGGCAGUGCCAGCACAGCCCCGCCUUUACCUCUGAAGCUGAACUCCAUCUCACCGCCCUGCGCCCACCCAAACAGAAUCCUUGCCCGAAGCUUUUCUCUGGAAAUGUCCCUUUUCACUCAGACCCCGGGUCAGCUCUUGUCUCCUGCCUGAAAGGUUACAACAGCCUCCUCCCAGGCCCUCAACCCAGACCGGCGCCACGCACCGUGGUGGCGUCCCUCCAUGUCUGUCAUCGUCUCUUACUGCUGACCCUGGAGGUUCUUGUCUCUUCCUGAGGAACGACUUUGUAUGUUCUCUUAGCAUAAGCGUGGUCCUCAGUGUUCCGGUCCCAGUUCGUUCUCCGCAGACGUGUUCCUACCCCCAUCUUCUGUUACAGCCUCCGCACUUCCCCCUAUGUCUUCUGCUCUCCCCGGGGCCUGGAGUGGCCUCGUCUCUGCCCAACCAGAUAGUCAUCUUGGCUUCUCUGUGGAAGGAAGGCUUUCCAAAAACUCGAGUCUGUGGGCUCACUCCCGUUGACCCCCUCCCCCUCUCCCCCUCCAGGGCCCAGCCCAGCACCACAGCGGUCGUAUCCAGGAUUUCCGGAGACUGUGCUGGUCCUACUUCCCCAGGUGCUUCCACUGGUCACGCGACCCACUGUAAUUUCCAGUCAGGAAAACAAAGUCACCUGCCUCACAACCGUUUGAAGACCGUUGUCCUCCUAUUACGUUACCUCAUGUUUUAUAUUGUCCACGUCUUCUGUUCCGAUUCCAAGCGUUUAUGCCUGACUCCCCCAGCCUGGGUAAAAGGUUGGUUCUGGGAGAGACCGGGUGGUUUAUACAUGAGGAAACAGCAUGUUUCCCAAAGUACAGGGCCUGCCCCAAGAAGAAUUUGUCGAGUUGAUUUUGAGCAGAAUGUGUCACCCUACAUACUUCUUUUACUGCCCACAGUUGUGUUCUUUAUUAUCUGUGGCACAACCAACUGCCCUUGCAACAGAGAAGACAUAAAAUACAAACCAGGCUCCUCAUUUCUGUUGAGCAAAGUGACGCAAAGAUUGGGAUACACUUCCUGAAAAAGAGAGCUAUGGUUAUGGCAUCGGAAACCCCCAAAACUACCACAUAGCCCCCAUAAGAAACAACCGAACCACAUAUAGGCACAGACCCGGCAAGCUCAGAGCCCGGGGUGCUGCCUGGGGAAUGAGGGAUAGGACAAGGGGAGAGUCCUUUGUAGACCACUUCGGGGAAGCUCUGGAAAUGGAGGAGGAACGUGAAUCCAUGAUCCACACAUAAUAAAAGAUCUAUGUUUCAUUCCUUUGA